CCAAUCAAAUUGCGACAGAUGUACAUGUGCUUCCUGUUCCACGUUUGUUUUGCCGGUGACUAGCAGACAACAAUCCAAGAGGAUUUUUAUUUUCUCAUUUAACUCAGUUACUCCAGUUACGCAAAGAAGAACAAUGUAUUUGAAGACUUUGCUGUGUUUAGUUUGUGUCACGGUCGUAUGUACUGCCAAGAAACCAGUAACAAAGGACAACUGCGAAGUUUGUGUUACAGUAGUUGAAAAAUUUGAGAAGACCUUAUCUGAUGAAGAUAGAAAAGAUUCAACAAAACUUGAAAAACUGUUCAUGGAUUUUUGUAAAGGUCUAAGAUCAAAGGAAGAAAGAUUUUGCUACUACAUUGGUGGAUUGAAAACCUCAGCAACCUACAUUCUUGGUACCAUGUCAAAGCCAUUGAAGUCUUUCCUGCCUACCUUAAAAAUUUGUGAAAAAUUACGAGAUGUAGACUCUCAGAUCUGUGACCUUAAGUAUGAAAAGCAGAUAGAUUUGACUAAAGUAGAUUUGAAGAAACUUAAAGUCAAAGAUUUGAAGAAAAUAUUAUCAGACUGGGGAGAGGAUAAUGCAUGCAAGGGGUGUGCUGAAAAAUCAGAUUUUGUGAGGAAAGUAGAAGAACUUAUGCCUAGAUAUGCCCCAGAAGCAGCAAAGCAACGUGAGGAAUUAUAGACCUUAACAUUAAUUUAUUGACAUAUCAACAUCGCAUUCAAGAGGAGAAUGUAAAUCAGUCCGUUUUCAUCUUUUGUAUGGUACAGUCUACAAUGAGUGAAAUUGAGGUUUAUGCACUAUCUCAUUGAUACUUAUUUAAUUUGUAUGUGUGUGUGUGUGUGUGCUUAAACUGUAUGUUUAAGUACUUUGGAUCAAAUUAAGGUCAAGUCAAGGUCAUGAUAUGUUGAAACUGUGUCCAAGCUACAACUUCACUAUUCAUGCACAUGGAAUGAUUUCAAGCUACCCAUGGCCAUUGUAACAAAGUUGUGUUAACUGCAAAACAGUGAGACAAUGAAAUUGUGUCAAAUUUAUAUUGAAACCGUUUUAUCUUCUACCUAUGACCUGAAGAGAUUUCUUGAAUCAAAAUGUUGGUGAGGUCAUUUAGCUAUAUCUUGAAAUCAUGGCCAGGCUAUUACAUUAGAUGUAGAAUCUAUCUAGAGCCAGUAAAUCCGUAAUUAUGUUUAAGCUAUAGUUCUGCAACAUUUUCUCCGUACUUUUCAGCACCUAUUAAUUGGGCUGCUGAACAAAUUGAACAUAAAAAUAAAGAUUGAAUGGUAUUAAAAAAAA